AUGAAGCGCUGGCAGGACCGCGGAGAGGUGCAAGACUCCGAUGAUGAAGACCUCAGCUUGGAAGCAGAGUCGCAGGAAACGGAGCAUGUCAGGAAGAAACCCAGGCUGGAGGCCGAUACUGGACGAUCAACGACGACUCAACCUGGACAGAACCAGCCCAUUGCUCUCCACGGAAGCCAUGCUCCGGACGAAGAGGAAGCAGAGUGGCUUCGUCCGCAGGUGGCGGCAAAAUACGGCAGGAAAGCGGAAGUGCUCAGACCUUCUCUCGACGCAGACGGCGAGAAGCCGCCAAAAAGGCUGGACACGGACGUUGAAACUGCUGCUUGCAACAGCUCACAGCAUUCUGAUCGAACCCAAGACCAGGAUAUCGAACAGCCGAAAAGCUCUCAAUCGGCUGAGUCUGAUGAGCUUCCAAAUCCAAGCCAGCUUCUGCGUCGACCCUUCGUUCCAGCACCUGCUCCGGAUGUAGUGUCGCCGUUGAGCUCUGCCCCGUCCUCGCCUUUGAGCGAACGCGAUGUUUCGCCACCUCCAGCAUUUUGUCUCCAGGACGCCGCGACCGGCAUGGCAGACUCCACGGGUACAAAUCAGCGCGAAGUAUUGGAACUUCAUGAUCCCAUUUCUCGCCCUGAGCGCAUGCCAAGCUCAGCACUAGGACGCAGAAGCUUUCGCGCAAGGAAUGAAAAGCAGCUCCAUCCGUACAUGUUUGAGCUUGCCCAGUACCAGAGGCAAUGGCGAGAGCGCGGCAUGCGUCCUAUUCGCUACGUCGAGAACACCCCGGCCAGAGAGGAGACCCAGAACACUGCUGGGAAUGGUGCGGACAGCGACAGUCAAGACAUCAGCGCCGCGAAUAGCUCGUCACCCGUACGACUCAGCUUGGAGUCAGCGGCUGAACCGCAGUCCUCACCUGUUGAACGACCGAUGAAUUUUUCCUCGGAUGGCGAAGAAGAGCUGCCAGACGUACAAACUUUGCUUCGAAGGGAAGACGUAACGCAGCGCAGCAAUAAGCGUCGUAAGUUAUUACACAUCGGCAUUCCAGCAUCUCGGAAGCGCGUGGGGAGGGAAGACGACGAAGACUACGAUUUAUUCUCUGUGCCGCCAUCGCCACCGCCGACAUCAGGCCGAGCAGAUCAUGAACCCAAGGUUUUGCCAAUAACAGCAGGCUUUCGCAUUCCUCGUGGCAUGACACCGGCACCACUACCCACACCUCAGGUCUCUUCCGACACGGUCGAACGAACCAUCAGCGAACCAGUAGACCCGUCGAGAGCCGAUCGUACGUCUACGUCUAGGCAGCAGCGCAGGCCAGUGCUUGUUGACAGCUCAAGCGAGUCCUCAGAUGCGGGCACCGACAGCGAAGUUGACGAGCUCAAGCUAAGGCGGGAGAGGAAGCGCAUCAAAGGUGUACUGCCGGCAUCGUGGCUGAAGAUUGACCUUGCCGCGCAACAAGGGCACAAGGGCGGCUCGUCAGUAAGGCAUCAAUCAGAGCAGUCAACCUCACCACCGAAGUCAAUACCUCGGAAGGGUGUUGCUCAAACGAGGCAACGUUUUGGCACCCCAGCGAGGCAUGGCAUCAUCGCCAUUUCCGAUGACGAUGGCGACGACACGAGCAGUCAGAGGGACUCGCCGAUCCAGCCGCGCAUGAGACAAAGUAGGCUUGAUUUUAAGCGAGAGCAGACGUCUACAACCAUGCAAGCUGGGACCGUUGACGAUGAACGGAUGGAAGUGGACUGGGUUGAUCCGAUGUUCGCAUCGACUUCUCGAAAGCACUCUGAUACCACCCGACGAAAGCGACAACCACGAAUUACCGAGAACUUUCAUAGAGAACAGCGAUUUGCCGAUGACUUCUCGGAAGAACGCAAAGGUCUUAGAGCAGCGACAGGAGUAGGUGCUGGUCGAACGAGACGCAAACGUGGCACUGGUCCCAAGCGUUCCAAGGCGCCAGUCCAGCAUCACAGGCUGGCCAUUGUCGAUGCCCAGAUUGAUGACUACAUGUCCGGCAAGCAGCUGCCGUCGUUUCUGAGGCUUGCUAUGCGUACAGCUCGACAACGACGAGAUAAUGGCCGCCACUCUCCAACACAUAAGCGCAUUCGUCUCGCUACAAGGGAGGACACUGAAGAUGCCACAGCUACGCUUCGAGCCUGGCGUGAAGGUACCAUUGUCCCUCGAUCUCAAGGCCGGGCGUCUGUAUCAUUACAUGAUGACGAGAGAGUCGAUGUCGAGAGCGGCGAGGAUGCUCUGUACCCUGCAACAUUCCGGGCGCCACUGGCAGAGCUGGCGAACAACUCUCAGUCGCAUCUGACGGAACCGCCCAGUAAGGCAGAGCCUGACCGUCACACGAAGCGUAGACCAGUCAGCACAAUCCGAAGGCCGAGAACGCAACAGACGAGAGUAACGCCAACUGUCACGAUCCAAGAAAGCACUGCUCAAGCCGGCCAUCCACAAGCCCAGCCAGCACCUCAAGACAGAGUUCCCCAGGCGAAAGAUCGUACAACGACGGCCCGUCAUAACGCACCACAGGCCCCUCACUACAGCGAUGCGCAGCUGGAGAUGCUAGAGAGUGACUUCGAUCAGCAGCAUCGCAUGGCCGCGUUUGAGCGCAGGAUGCGGACCUUGACCGAGAGCGCGAGAGCUCGCACGCAGCGGCAGUCCACGGCCAAAGAUCUUCCUAUGACACGCUUCCUACACGAGCGUCCAGCUGGCGGUGCUCGAUCGCCCAGCAGCAAGCACAGCGAGGACACCUCCGGCCAGCCUACCGUUCAAGUUUCAAUACCGCACCGACCUAGAAAGCAAGUUGCACUCCGCGUCGAUGCAGAGGCUCGAGAGUACCGCCAGCCAAGCGAGCCUCUUCCAGCAGUCAUCAACGUCGACGAUUCUAGCAAUACCGUCAGCACCGCUGUGGAUAACCCCACCGUUCUCCAGGGCCUUGGACCAUUCGGAACACGAUAUGCCACAGACUUCGAUGUGCUGCCGCUCUUACCUGGCACUUACUUCCAUCAAAGCUCUUUCAUCGGCUCUGGUGACUUCGAGGCAAGUCUGACCUUCGGUGAGCGUGAUUUAGAUGUCUUCGCUGGCCGCAUACGGGUUCACGUGGAUGGCGAGGUGCUCGAGUGGGGCGCGUGGACCGAAGAGGUCAGCACGGGGCUUACGUUUGUGCAGAGGAGCAUCGCGGAAGCAGUGGAGAGCCUGAGAAAUCCUCCGCAGUUGCCUGUAGAGGGCAAUGACGCUUCAGUGGUGCUCGCCAACGUCGACUACCUCCUCCGCUCAACAGUGAGAUUUGUGGCGAGAUGCGUCGCCUUUCUCGACAGUAUAGACCGUCGAGCGUGUAUACAGCGCUUGCAAAGCUUCGUCGAAGACUUGCUGGAGUUAGACUUCGAGUCGCCACCUGGACAUGCUACAACAAAGGAAGUUGCAAGUCAGUGCUAUCAAUACGCGGUGGUAUUGGCGAAGCAGACAACCAUAUUGGGCAAGGAUCCGUUGGUGCAAUCGCCUCUCGUGGACAGAAGCAAUGCAAUUCUGGCUCGAGCCUCACACCAACUAGGGCAGCAAUUGGUUCAGCACGGUCUGGCAGAGCUGAGAUUGUUCCUGGAAGACAAUCGACAUGCAGCGAAACGCGAUGCCGGCCUACGAGACAGCGAUGCAGCAGUGUCCGGCGUGGUCAUCCUCUACCAUGUCCUCCGGAAUGUGACAGCUGCCGUUCCAACAUUUUGGAGCGUCGUCUACCAAGCCUUGAAUGUGGAUGUGGCCACCCUUCAAACCGUCUCGCAGCUCGACACGGUCUGGUACAACAUCUUCACCCUCUUGCCAGCGCUGGAAAUUGGCGCUGAUGGUAUUGCGUACCCGGGCAGCCGUAUGCAUGGAGCUCUUGAGGACUGGGCUCUCCCCAAACAUCUUAUGGCUCGUGUGCUCGAGCUAUAUCCAGCAACAAGCACUGUCAGUGGCUCCACGAUCAACGAGCAUGUUCGCGCGACGUUGAUUCGUUGCUAUCGGCUCGCGACAAGAUGGUGCUGGUGGAGAUGCGAGCCUGUCCUGGGAACGAUGUUCGACUUCUUCGCACGACGCGGUCUUGCGCAGUUGUACAAGGAAGAGAGUCGUGGUUCGCCAAAGUUCCUAGAUGAGCUCGAUCGUUCGCCUUCCCUCGAAGUUCAUCUGGAAGAUCGAUCUUUCAGCGUCUUCUUGAAGCUUCUUGCUUCUGGACUCCGCGGCAUGCAGAAAUAUGAGGUGUACAGUGAGAAGAAGAUUGGAGGCAUUGCAUGGCGAUUCAUCCCUAACCACGGUCGGGCGUAUCGAAAGGACGCUGAAGUGCGACAAGACGAGCUGGAUGCUCUUCGGAACCAUCACAACCUUCUAUGCACCCUAUACUUUGCGACGCCACCAGCGUACCGCCUACGACUGGACCUCAUCGACGGUCUCGUUGACCACACUACUUCGCACAGAGAAGCUUGCCGUCUCAACGUCCGCGCUUGGUCGAACCUGACCGCAUUCCAGAUAUCGACUGCCGAAGAGGUCACAAGACUUGAGCCCUUCGCAUGCUGGUACAAGGAGAUGCUGAGCAUCACAAUCAGCCAAUACAGACUUGCGAAAGUGGAGGUUGAGCAAGAUGUUGCUGCAGCAAACGCCAACAGUAAGACACUAGUGCCUCAAGCCGUGAUUGAAAACACCAUUGCACGCAAUCAGCAACAGAUCGCUGCAACCUUGAUCGACGCACUGGCGGCCAUGAAGCGGGCAAUGCAAGCCGCUAGCAGUGCUGCAAGCGCUCGAUACUUGCUUGAGAGAUCAAACUUUUGGCAAGUCUUUGACCUGUUCGAGCCCUCUGGAAGGCGGCUGUACAGCAUGCUCGAUGAGGCUCUUGAGGUUGUGAAAUCUGCACUAGAUGUCGACAAGAGGUUUGCUGCCAAAGACGACAGCCAGAACUCCAGCGAGGAGAGCCAGGACUACGGGGACUCCGACGCGUUGAUGGAACUCGCUUCAGGGCAGCAAAUAUCUGAACCAGCCGAUUCAACCCUGGUAACAGUCAUCCAUGCGCCGCUUGCCCAUCUCGUCUCCAACGUCUUCGGAGCAGACGAGAGUGGAGACGAUACGCUGUCCACCAAGAUCAUCGAUAUGUGGACAAGUGCUGCUCAGGCGAUGGUGUCAUCAGGCCAAAGGACGAUAGACAACUACAUCAGUGACUACAGUUCCGAGGCUUGGACCCAGCUGCGUGACACGGAGCAGAGGCGCAAGUUGACACCAUACUUCUUCUCUCGCAUUGUCGAAGCAGGGACCGUAGACAUUAUGGAAACAGGCAUCCUGCGCUCCUGGCUGGCAUCUCUGGUCGAGAGAGAGGCCAUGCUGAAGUACCAGAACCGGCUGACGAGUACACUGUUGCAGUGCUGUUCUGACGAGCCGCUGCUGCGAAACUUGCCGUUCAUUCGAGAUGCAUCCGGACAGUACACCAUUUCUCUACACGACCUGCGACUCCGUCGUGUCAGCCUCAUAUCCAGCGUCCUCAGCAACAUGCGCGAGAACUUCGAGAAGGCACUGUACGAAACGCGGAGCAGUGUGCAAGGCCUGCGGAGGACCUAUGCCGAUCUGCUGAAACAUCUCAUGCAAGCAAUGAAGUCGAACUAUCAGGACCUUCAACUCUCUCACCAGGAUGACGUCGCGAACGCACAGGUCCAAGGUGCGUACGUUGAUUUCGUGCAGCACAUCGUUUCGGCGAUGCAGCAGUACACCGACGAGAUCCAGAAAAUCGACCACUUCUUCACAGACUCCGCCGCCUUCCCCUUGCCGGCAACAGACCCAACAUAUGUUGUUGGCAAACUUCGAGCGUAUGUUCCGAGGCUCGCGGAGACCAACAAGAGCAAGCAGCUGGCAGUCUUUGUGCAGACCGUGAGUGAACGCGCCGCUGUCGACACCCAGCAGGUCUACCUGGUUGAUCAGAUCGCGACGGCUCUGGUGGGCACAAUCGAGCGUGGUGAUUACAGAGCACCCAGCCUCCGACAUGUCCUUCUCACGGCGGUGUUUCCAGCCUACGUUGAACAGGCGCUCUCAACCGCUUUCUCUUGGAUCGUUGCCCGCCCGAUACUGCAGGCCUGUGGUCGUGUGGCUGGGGAUUUGCUGUACAGCACGAAGUUCGAGGAUGUGAACAGUGUGAGAGGCGUUUCAGAGUCGCUCAGUGCUCUGCUGCAAAGCAUGUCGAAGCCACUGGAGCUUGCGAUCAGAUAUCCAGGCCAAAUGAGACUGCCUCAAGCGCAGUCCAUCCUGGCGGCAAUCUUCCACACUGCGCAGCAGAGCCUCACUUGCAUACAAGCAUUGCAGAACGUGAGCGGGAACAGCCACCUCCCCGCAGCAAUGCAUCGCUUCGACAGGUUUGCGGAACGCAUCGCAACGGCUCUGACAGAUCCUAACGACUUUGAUCUCAUCGAUAUUCCGCACGGCGUACCUGAGACCCCCUGUCCGUGGCCAGAGACCCUGGGCUGCUCUCGGAGAUGGAUCCAAGAGCAGCUUAAUGACAAGUGGUAUGCGGUUGAUGGACAGUACUAUGUGAAACGAGGGAAUGGCUCGCUGGAGGUUACUGUUGCGUUGGGGGAUGAGGAGGAGGAGCGGCAGGAGUUGCUAAAGAGCCUGGGGGAUUUUAGAGAGAGCUACAGCGCAAUAUUCAAGAGGCACGGGCGAGCUAUGAGCAAAGAGGGUGGUGGUGUGCGGGCUCUGCUCAGCGACGUGGUGGUGUGA